AUGUGUGGCAACUUGACAGCGCGUGUCAUUCUUCAGCAUGUCAACAGCGUCUAAAGUCACUUUCGGCUUAUGUUGUACGGCGUCUGUCGGAAUAAUAGGCUACGUUCAUUACAAACAGGCGUACGACAGGGAGCAACUUCAUUUAGGUGUGAUACGCGACAUCGAGCGACGUGAGCGCCGAAAAGCGGAAAAUGUCUACGUUCUGCAGCAACAGGCUGAACUAGCCAAGGAAUUGCGCAGAGGGAUAACGACGAUUGGAGAUAAGAACACGUAACGC